GGCCUGGCCAAUCCAAAUUGUCUCAGUAUGUCUCCUUUGUACCGAGAGGAGCAGAUUAUCCAAACAGUGAACUUCCUGAACCAGACAGUGAUUAUAUAAAUCAUCGAGCCCAUCCGCCCGACGACAUGCACUGAAGCCAUUGUAUACUCAUAAAUCCGGCCCGGAGUAUUCACCCAUAAUUACUGCAUUACAUACCAUAUAAACAUGAGGUUUGGCUACUCUGAAAUCAAAAGCAUAAGCAUUCGCCCUUCGCAGUAUCCGUCCAGGGCUAACGAUUACCAUGUCACUGGGAGAAUUCAUAUCCGGCUUAACAGAAAAGUGCCGAUGAAGGCCAUGACCAUAUCGUUGAAAACGGUGUACACCUCCAAUAGAGGCGCCGCUACCGCUCUGCACAACAUGAAUGGCGGGCCCACACAAGAUGAGACCAUACUUAAUCUGCAAUCCCAAUGCUGUACGUUACCAGUUCUUGGUGCCGGUGAGCACAACCUUCCAUUUAAGUUUCAGAUGCCUGGUCGUCUUGGGAAGUUGGUUGCUUCUGGUGUCAUGUCGUCCAAAAUAAAGCAGGUUUUAACUAUCACCUUGGUAAAAUCCCACUCAAUGCUUUCAAGUAACUUCCCGCUUGUGGUUUCCCAUAUCCUCAGUUCUUCGACGGUUUUGCCGUUGAAGCCCUCCUCUAAGAAACUUCUCAUUCCAUUCCACAUUACCUAUCCACAUUGCAAUAGAAGCAUUCGGAAGUGCAUGGUUUCACUCGUGGAGACCGUCUCUAUCACAAAUCCUAGCGCCGCCAGAUCCUUGCAUGACGAAAGAGUAUUGAUCAACAGGAGAGGUCAAGAAGUUUCUUCCACGCAUACUACAAAGAGAAUCAUUGUCCAAUACACAAUCGACGCCGACAGCUCAAACACUACGUACAUUUCUGACACGGCUAUUACCAGGCAGCCACUUUUACUCAUGGUGGAUGAUGCUACUGAUAAAAUCUUGGCUGAUCACCUGAGCAAAGUGGGGAAAAGCGGGCUUACUGUCACGGUUAGGCACAAGCUUGUGUGCUUGUUGCUAGGUGCUACAGGUGAACAGAUGUUUGAAAUGCCCACCGCGAUUACGGAAAGUAUGGUCGAUCAAGGAUUGUGUGACUUGAUGGAGCAGUACAAUAGGUCCGGUUGGAACGAUGACCUUGAAACGAUCUACGACGGAGAGAAGGAUCACUCACACGUUACGGAACACGCAGUGGACGGACAGUCGGAGACUAAUGCUGGUUUAUUUUCUCAUCACGAUCAAGGUUUAAAUGACGAUAACUUUGACAUGGCGACAUUGGUUGCAUGAGUCGAUAACUUCUAGACAUCAGUCCCGAAAGCUAGAAAAAGGUUAAUAUUGCUCGAUUAGCCGGGGGUAUCGCCGAACCGCAGGUGUUCGAACAAUGAAAUAUGACAUAGCUUUAGGCUGGAUCGGCAAAAGGACGCCCUGCUGAGUCGCGGUUUGUAUAGACCUAAAAAGAUGUUGGAUACUUUCACGUUGGAAUCAUAAGGAGUGAACCCCACAGUGUGCUCGGCUUCGUGGUUUUUUGCAUAUUUCGUGGAUUGAACAUAUAUCUGUGUAAACGCCUUAGCCUUCAAAAGAC